GCCCGCCCAAGCAACUUCUUCGGCCGCGCUCAGCCUUCGCAUUUCUCGCACAUCGAUGGGCAAGCACGGCCCUGGGCUGCACAGGGACACCUCUCGAACUGUUUAUAAAUGUAGCCGCAACGACUAUUACAACAUGGUCGAUGGUUUCAGAGUGAACUGUCGGUGGGCGAAGGGUCAACUGGCGGAGUUCGUGCUGGGAGUUUACAUGCGGCACUUACCGAGCAUUCGGCCUCCUUGAAAUGUUAUCCUUAAACUAACAAACUCACUUCUACGUAUGUUUACAUAGAUAAAUAAUGCAGAUAUCCCCAAGACGUCGAGGGCGACAGCCCUGCGGAACUAUUUGUAUGGUUCGCUAAACUUUCAUGAUGUGCCUUAAAGCUGGGAUAUUGGUGUGGUUGAUACUAUUCAUGCUAGCAGCAGACGCUGUAUUGAUAUACAGCGCGAACGACCUAUCUUCGGCCCUGGAGAACGAGGAGGCCGACUUGGAGCUAGCAUGCGAUGUGAAGGCUUAUGAUGAAGCCACCAAGGUGCCUUCGCCACCCGUCAGGGUGCGCCGGAACGCCACUAUACACGGCAAUCCAAGUUCAUGGAGGUCGCUCGUGGUGGGCAGCAUGGGCAGCUGUUGAUUGCCUGACGCUUGUGAAUUCCGUUUCUUGCCUCAACAUUACGCGGCCGCCUGGCAUGCAUGUGGUCGCCCUUCUCCCCAUGCAUGAUGGCUACAGCAAGUUCCAACUCAUGAGCGGAGUCGCGGUCACCUUCAGAAACGUCAUCCUAUCUGACUUCAGCCAGCAGCAGCAGGCGCCAACGGCAGCAGCUUACUCGCUCUUCGCCGAGCUGCCGGCCGGGCAGUCUGCCUACAUCCAGGUUGCUGGCGCCGCGAUCACCUCCCGCGUCUGCUUCCCCGCCCACCUGGCCGAGGCCUUGGCUGGUCUGGCUGCGCGGCCCGCCGAGUUCCCCGGCACCAACUUGAUGGAGCCGGUGGCCGAGCUGCCCAGCUACCUCACAGCCAUCAGCGGCAGUAGCAGCAGCACCAGCGGCAGUAGCAGCGACAGUAGCGAUGGCAGCGGCAGUAGCAGUAGUGGCCUCGGCGGCAGCAGGCGCUGUGUCAAUGACAGCUCUGCGCCGCCGCUGCAGCGCUGCUGGGCGCGCGUGGGGCGUUACGUGGAUCACGCCUUUGUGGCGGGGGGCGUGGUUGGCGACAGCAGCGUGCGCCGCGCCGCUGCACCCCUGGUGCCCUCCGGCCUGCGUGUCCGCCUGCUAGACACCUACCUGCUGUGUGAGCGCGAGCUGACCAACAGCUGUCUGGCGCAGCUGGGUGCAGCUGGCUGCUACAUCCAGACCUUGAAGGAGUUGGAGGCCACCAAUGCGGCUGCGGCGGCGGCGGCGGGGACAGCAGCCCCAGGCAAGCCUCGGGCGUUGCCCGGAGGAGGCAGCGGAGGUAGUAGCGCUGCUGGCAGCGGUAGCGGUGGCGCCAUGGAUGGCUCGACAAUGCCGCCGGACAAUCCAGAUCUGAGCACGGUCAGCGGUGGUGGGAGCAGCAGCGGCGGCAGCAGCACGGUAGGCAACGCAGUGGUGCCGCCGCCGACUGCAGCAGGCGGAGGGAGCAGCGGAACUCGGGUCGCGAUAAUUGUGGCGUCAGUUGGAGGUGUGGCGCUGCUGGCGCUGCUAGCUGCGUCGGCUCUGUACGUGCUUGCGCGGCGCCGCCGGCGCGGGCAUGAGAAGCCCACACCGCAGGACGGACAACCGCCCAAGAACCAGCAGGAGCAGGAGCAGCAGGAGGGCUGUAGCGGCGGCGGAGUGGAGGCCGCGUUGGGGGCCGAAACAGCCAUGUUGCAAAACCGCGACGCCGCAUCGAUUUCAGACCUGGAGCGGGGCGAGCCGCCGCCGCCGCAGCAGCAGCAGCACCAGCAGGUGACAAUCAUCGCCGCCACCCUCGUUGGGGGCCACGCAGCUGCUCCCGAAAGCAGCUGCUGCCAACCCCUGUCGGGCCACACCUCAUUCGAGUUUGACCGGUCACAGACCAGCGUCGCCACUGGCGGCUGUGGCAGUACGCUCCAGGCGUUCACAACGGCAGCGGCGUCUGCUGCGUCGUCCGUGGCCGGUCGCGGCGGAGACAAGGACUCCAGCGGACGGCCUGGUGGCUUGUCGCUGGCUGACGUCACCGCGCUGCUGCGGGAUGACCACGUUGCGGAUGGCGCCAGCGCGCUGUCGGCAGCUGAUGUGGCAACGGCAGCGGCAGUAGCAGCAGCAGCAGCAGCCGCAGUUGGGAAGGUGGCUGUGGUGGCUGCGCACUCAACUGAUAGUACGGUGGCUGUGAGUGUUGCUACUGAGUGGCAGCAGCAACAAAUCGAGUUGGCACACCCAGAGGGUGGUUUCAUGGCUGCAGCAACAGGAGCUGCUGCUACUGCUGGCGGUAGCACGGCGCCAGUGGCUGUGGCGACAGCAGGAGCAUCAGCACUGAACUGGCGUGACACCAGUGGCGAUGUCACGGUGGACGAAACCGCCACGACCACUGCGACCUUCACCACCUCCUCCCACAACAACUACACCGCCUAUGCCGCUUCGCCGGCCUCUGGCGAAAGCAGCAGCGCUAAAACGCUGUACGGCAGCGGGCAACACCCGCCACAACCGCCACAACCGCCGCAGCUGCAACCGCUGCAGGCCCAGCAGCCGCAUUCGGGGCUUAUGGCGGCGGCACGCAGCGGCGAGCGGCGUGCUGGGGUAACGGCGGGGGGUCUGGCUGGUCCGCCGCCGGGUGAUGAGGACGGCGGCAUCACGGCGCAGCUGCGGCGGCUGUUUGGCCGAGUGGGGCUGUCCUCCCAACCGCCGGCAGUUGUCGGGGCAACGGCGGCGGCGCCACCGCAGCCGCCACCUGGGUCGGCUGGAGGCAGUGCCGCAUCUACGUCGCCGGCGGCACCUGCUGCAACUGCGGCGCCUGCACCAGCAUCGGCAGCAGCAAUGCCAGCAGGCACGGCAGCACCGGCACCAACAAUGCCGGCAGGCACGGCAGAGGCCGCGGCACCGACUGUGUCGACAUCCUCGCCAGCAACACAGGGCGCAGCAGCAGCGGUGGCGUCGCUGCCUCCUCCUGCCGGCGGCCGGUGGUUCCCUGCCGCCGCAGGCGCCGCGGUUGCCGCAGGCGGCGGCGGUGCCGGCGGCGGCGUGAGUCGCGGCAGAGAUGGAUUCCUCUAUAGGCUCGCGCCUCAGCCGACGCCCAUGCUUCACGCGCUGACACCAGUGGCUGAGGACGCCUCGACAGGGUCUGUGGAGCAGCCGUUCCCGCAGCUGGGUGGGGAGUACCAGGAUGCUAACUCCCUAGGCGGUCAGGGCGGAGCAGCAACCUCCAUAUCAUGCCGCACAAACGCCGGUGUCCCUGUGAGGGUGGAGUACGCGCGGGCGCUGUCCGCCAUCACGGCGCUGCAGCAGAGCGUGGAAGAGGGACUCCGUCUUCCUCUGCCGCCAGGCGAGGCGGCGGCGGCGGCGGCGGCGCCUGGUGUAGCCGCUACCGCUGAGGUUGUUGCUGCUGCUGACUCACAGCCGCAGCUGCAGCUGCCGGCGCGCCCUGGUUGCGCCAAGGGUGCUGGCAUGCUCACCAGCGUCUUUGCAAGGGAGGCGGUGGGAGAGACAGCUGCCGCGGCGCCAGAUGGCUCCGGCAGCGGCUCCUGUAGCGGUAGCGCCGCCACACGCACGUUGUACUUCCCGAUCUCCGGCCUUAUCCCUGCGAGCGCCCAGCAGGUCAGAGGGGCGGCAGUGUGGCGGCCCCAGGCGGCGCGCUCGCUCGGCGUUGGCGUGCACAGCAGCAGCGGCAGCGGCAGCAGCGGCGGGCUGCUGGCGGCAGGAGGCGCAGUGGCAGGCGGCGGCAGCUGCAGCGCAGGCUUGGCCAGCGCUGAUCUCCACAGUCCCAUGUUGCUUGGCUUGCCGUUUGCUUACGCCUACAGCAACCAUAGCCCGCAUGCUGGCGGCCCGGUGGGCGUGCUCACAACGUAUGGCGCUGUGGGUGCCGCGCGUGCAGCCACGGGCUCCGGCGCGGCGGACGAAUCGACGUUUUCGGCGCUGCAGCAGCUGCCGCAGAUGAUGGUGGGCUCGCAGGCGGGCGGCGGCGGCGGUGGCGGCGGCCCCUCGCUGCAGCACGUGAGCGGCAGUUUGGACACAUCGGUUGUGGUGACCAUCGCCUCUUCCAUCCCUCAAGCGGACGACCUGGAUGGCUGCGGCGGCAGCUCCGUAGACUCGGCUCUGCUGGUGCAGGCCCCGCCGCCGGCCACCCACCACCACCACAUGCACGCGCAACACCAACACCAGCAGCACCAGCACCAGCAGCAGCAACAGCAGCACGCGGCGGCGGGCUCGACUCAGCACGUCCUGCCGUACCCGCAGCAGCUGUUCACUGCCGCCGCCUUCUCGGUCCUUCCUGGGCAACCCGGCGCGCCGCCGCCGCCGCCGCUACCGCCCAUACCUGGAAUAGCUGGGGGUCCGGGACAAGGUUCAGUGGCAUACCAGCCGCUGCUGACGGUGCAGCAGCUGCAGCUGCAACAGCAGCAGGAGCGCGCGGCGGCCGUGGCUCGUGCGCUCAGCGUCGCCCGGGUCUCGUCGCUCCGCCUGCGGCACGCAGCCGGUGCGGCGGCGGAACACGGAGGUACUGUCGGCUGGGGCGCCAUUGGCCCGCCGGCAACAGCUGCGGAUGCGGCUGCCACCACAGCGGCGACGACGGCAGCGGGCGGCACAAUGGCGGCUGAGGCGGUCCCGUCCGCCGCCCUGCCGACACCCGGUGCCACAGGUGCCGCGGAGCUGCCGCCGCCACCGGUGCCCGGCACGGCAGCGACGGCAUCAGCGCCGCCCGCAGCCGCCGCGGCCUCAACCGCAGCGGCUGCAGACGCGACGGCCGGCGCACCGGCAGCGGCGGAGGCGGCUGAUGGCGGCGAGGGCACGGUGGGGGCGGCGGCAGCGGCGGCCCAAGCCACAGGCGAGUCCAUCCCGCUAGUCCCGUCGACGGGGCGUGCUGCGAUGGCGGGCGCGGGUCCAGUGCAGGCCAUGGCGGCCAGCAGCACAGGACCACGGAGCGACGGCAGCCGCGGCGGCGGGGGCAGCGGCGGUGGUAGGGGCAGCGGCGGCAGCGGCGAAUGUGGCGUGGACUCGGACAUCACCUUCAUCCCGCAUCCCGCGCUGCCCUAUUCCCCGCCCAAGCGCCCGGCCCCGCAGCAGCAGCAGCUGCCGCCGCUGCUGCCCAGGCUGCUGCCACCGGCCGUGGCGCCGGCACCGCGGCCUGUGGCGGUGGUGGCGGUGGGCCGGGCCACUCAUCAGCACAGUGAGGCCGCGGCAGUGCGGGAGGCACGCGCAAUGGAGGCAGACCAGCGGCGUAUGCUGGACAUGGUCGGCACGGGUCUGACGGGUGCGGGGACGUCCGCGCCGCUGCCCUUCAUCAUUGUGUUGGACGGGCCGCCGCCGACGACGACGACGUCACGGUCUGCGUCCCCGCCACCAACGGGCUGCUAGCGAGCCCGCCGCCAGCCGGGAUGGAUGCUGAAGGCCAGUUUGUGUGGAAGGGUAAAUGUGGGAAGCUGCAAACAGGGUUGCAAACGGCGCUGGUUUGGGCUUGGUGUGCAAGCCAACGCCCACUUACUGUCCUGCUGGUGCGGCUGCAGUGUGCAUCAGUGUGCAUCUGGAAGGGGCUGGUGCUAGUGUGCUACGAGUGUUGUAAGAAUGGAAGAAGAACCGCCGCCUGCUGCGAAUGUGCCGUGCUGAGUUUAGCUUCACACAGAGUCGGAGCUCCGAGCUUUCCGGGUCGGCAUAUGCGAAGCUCUUUCUGCACGGCAUGAUUCAUCCUUCGUUCGCUGCGGGUGUUGCUUUUGCCGUAAUGUGGGCCUGCGAGCGCAGCUGAGUGACUUGUGAUUGGGCACGCUCAAAACGCAAUCAAUGCCAUCAUAGGCCGAACGAUCUAAUGCAGUUCGGAUAUCAUAUGAACUUGUACCAAGCGCUCAAAACGCAGGCAACGCAUUUUUGCAUGGUUGCUACCAGGGGAGGAUUAUGCGCGCCGUAUGUCGCACCUAUAAAACCUGCGAGGGGUGCAUGUGAUUUCCACUUCAUAGUUGGACGGGGUUUUGGUUUGGGAACAAGACCUGCAGUGUCGUGACGCCAGUUGGAAAAGGGGUUGCAGUGUGUAGCCGUGUGUUGGUGCCGUUCCACUGAACUAAUGUCUUUCACAGAUUUGAUGCGUGGACAGACGAUGUUGUGGCAGCUACAAUGGUGGGUGUUCAGGUUGCGAUGCGUAAAGGUCAUCCAUCCACAUCAGCACAACGGCUAGGUGAAUGUAUGGAUGUACACUCAUGUACCAUAUCUGACUGCGGUUUCCACGUUUACCACUGAGUGGCGAGUGCACGUGCAUGAACGUGUUCUUUGGAUUCGUGCUUGUGUUGUGCGCCCACGUGGACGAGCGGGUGGCACGUCCGCGCACAGAGUGUUUGUGCUUUGCGUUCAGCACGUCCUUCCGAAAAAUCUCGACAGCAUGCGUUGCAAGGCAUCUUCGGAACAGAGCGGAUCACAAGACUUGGUACUUCCAUUACCGCAAGGCGCAUCCACACUGCUUAUUUAUAGAUCACAAUCCUGAAGAUACACCGACUUUUAUGAUGGGAAUGGGGCGCAGGCGGGUUUCCGCACUGGGGUUUCCGUUGGCCAUCGGCAUAACAGUGAUGGGGAGUAGCAAGGGGUUUGUCAAGGGUUGGGGGUUUGUCAAGGUUUGGAUGCGUCAACCAUGAGCUGGUAUUCAUUGUGUGCACCUGACGCCAUCAGGAAGGACUUCGGGGCUCACACGCUGAGCUAGUGCUUUGGGGACAAGGCAUUGGAAAUGCUUAACCCUGUUGUUUGUGUAUGCUUGUUGCGUGUUGUAUGCUUGUUGCGUGUUGACGUGUGGAGUUGGAACGAGUUAAAGGAGUAACAAAUCCCAAGAGCCCGGAAUUGUACUGUAGGCGCGGCGGCUUGGGCUUGGGCUACGUGCCAUUUGGACGUUUGCAGGCAUGCAGGCGGAAACUCUGCGGGGUGUUGCGUACUUUCUGGUGCCUUGAGGCGCUAGUACUUAAUGGACUCUGCCACGAUAGGAAUCCUCGUACAGCUGCGCUGCGUUGGUACCCAUCCUCAAUGCUUUCAUGUGAGUUCAGGCACGGUCUUUCGCCGGUACAGUGUACAGUCCCUAGGUACAGUUGUUUCAAGGGAUCGCCGCGCAGGUUUGUAAUGCGGAGGGUAAUAAGGAGCUGAGCGUGCCUGUUCCCAUUGCUGUUUUUGGUGGAAGCCACAAACUUGUGCUGGUGCAGGGGGGGGGGGGGGGUAAGGAUGCCGCAGACAUACCCCACCCUUCAAAUCGAAAGAGCUUGACGAGAGCGUUCAGAAUCCGCUUUCAGAAUUUUGAUCAGGGUAGUAAUUGCGGAGAUCUGGGCCCCCAAAGUUCAGGGUCGGUCGUCGGUCCCCAGGGUCCCCAAGGUUUCGUCACGGUGUGCCGGAAACUUUCGUCUGGGCCUCAUAAGACAGCAGGGCAAGCCCAGACCGUUGCCCAAAGCAUGUAAUGGAUGCUGUAACAGCUGGGAAAC